AUGGCGUCUGUACAUAUCGUCUGUCUUUACAUCAUUGCUUCUUUCACUGUUGGCGUCUUAUCAGCGACUUCUCAUGAAUCUGACGUGAUCAUCUAUGGCAACACGGUUGCCGCGCUGGCAGCUGCCAUUCAAACGGUUCGUAUGAACAGAACCGCCACGUUAGUCUUUCCGACAUCACGAAUCGGCGGUCUUACUACUUCGGGAUUGGGCUGGACGGACUCAAAGGAUGGAAACACCAUUGGUGGAAUUGCCAGGGAGUUUUACGGCAAAGUGUACGACUAUUACGACAACGACGACGCAUGGACGCGUGAGACACGAGACGACUAUCUCGCAAAGCAUAUUGAGGCGCAGCCUGGACCAGCCAUCGGCGACAAGGUUCAAUGGACAUUUGAGCCCAAAGUUGCAGAGGAGAUCUUGGAGAGAUGGAUCAAGGAUGAGGGAAUUCCUGUCUUUCGAAAUGAGUCCAUCCUUCGUACUAGCAGCGGCGUCAAGAAGGAUGGAGCCGUCAUCAAAUCCUUCCAAACACGGUCCGGGUCAACUUUCUCAGGAAAGAUGUUUAUUGAUGCUGGCUACGAAGGCGACCUCAUGGAGACAGCAGGCAUAUCAUACCGCGUGGGUCGCGAAGACAAGCAGGAAUUUGAUGAGUCCGCCGCUGGUAUUCACUUCAACGAGCCCAGACGACUGGCUGCCAUUGACCCCUACAAUGAUCCUGAUGAUCCUGAUAGUGGCCUCCUCCCUGGGGUUGGUCGCGUGAUCACUAAGUUUGCAGCUUUAGAGUCGCGUGGCAAGAAAGAUCAUCGUCUCCAAGCCUUCAACUACCGAUUAUCUCUAACCAGAGAAGAUGACAACAAGGUGCAAUUCUUCAAACCAGAUGGCUACAACGAAUCCCACUACAAGAUCUUGAUCCGAUAUAUCAAGUCUGGUUAUCUGGGCCCGUUCUUCACGACACAACUCAUGCCGAAUCUCAAAACCGACACCAACGCGGCUGGCCAGAUUAGUACUGAUCUGAUAGGCGGAAGUUACAACAAGACGUCCAACUAUGCCGAGUAUUCGUAUGAGGAGCGAGAGGCUGCUGCGAAAAGGCAUAAGAUCUGGGCGCAAGGACUUCUCUGGACAUUGGCAAACCACAAAGAUGUACCGGACUUUAUUCGCAAGAACACCAGUGCAUGGGGCUACGCGAAGGACGAGUGGACUGAUAAUGGCAACUGGCCAUACGAGAUAUAUAUUCGCGAGGCUCGAAGGAUGGACGGCGAGUAUACGAUGACACAAGCCGACAUUCAGCAUCCGAAGCCGUAUGACAACGACACUGUCGUUGCAGUCGGAUACUACACUCUUGACGUCCACCAGGUCGAACGUGUCGUUAUCAACGAUCGGAUACAUGACGAAGGUCUCAUCCACGUUCCCAAUCCUGGGCCUUUCAGCGUCCCAUACAGAUCAAUCGUUCCUAAAAAGGAGGACGCCACCAACUUUGUCAACCCCGUGACAAUGAGUGCCACGCAUAUUGCUCUGUCUGCAAUCCGCAUGGAGCCUGUCUAUAUGAUCAUGGGACAGAGUGCGGGAGCAGCGGCUGUUCUGGCCAUCGAGGAUAAUGUCGCUGUGCAGGAUGUUGAUCGGAAGAAGCUGAAAGGAAGGUUAAAGGAUCAUGCACAGGUUUUAGAGUCUUUCUCUAUAGCAUUGAAGCCAAGUCAGCAUUUGUUUCUUGUUGGUUUCAUUUGUCUUUUUUAUAUCAUAUUAUAG